GUACCUAUGACCACCACUUCGACUAGAUCUCCCGCAGAUCUCAUGCCUUUGGAGACCACCGCGCUCAUGGGAUCCCCCGGAAGUGCCCGGUCUCGGAUCUAUGCUAGACGAUUGGAGAGGCAGGCAGCCGCGGAAGCUUUGACGACCUCCACCUCCGGAGCUCUGAAUUCUCAACCGCUUUAUGGGCACGUGCGAACCGCGUCAAAAGUCUCACCCCCUCACUCGGCCGACUCGCAGACCUCACAAAGACACCAACGCCAUAGCAGAAAGACGCCGCCUGCAAAGGAUCGGGAUGCCACGCUAGCGAAACUGCGUCAAAGUCCUAGUCAUGAGAUUAUUAAGCACUUUGCACCCAAAGACUUCUCCCACCUUCCCCCUAGCCCGUCCAGCGCGUCGAUCAAUCAGUUUCUUCGUGGCUCUGGUUCCAUCAGCAAUUUCACCAUGGGCGGCGCGGGCUCCCCGCCUAGCGAUACCCUCAGUCCGUCCACGUCGUACUUUGCUCAGACAAUGUCUAAGACAGCUUCACUUCAGAGAUCCGACUCGCAUCAUUCGAAGCUUGGCAAGUCGGGCUGGGAAGGCAGAGAGGUUGAUGCUUCUACAGCAGAAGCAUUGCGAAAGCUGGACGGUUUGGGUAGUACUCCAGGCAGGAAAUCAUUGAAGAGCAAAAUGUCGACCGGCGCCUCAAGUCUUGCAAGUCGACCGGGCACACCUCCACCGAGUAAACGUCGAUCGGCUGACAAGCGUUUGACAGGAGGAUCAAGCCAUGGUAGUUUGAAGGAGAACCAACAUGGCAAGGACUCGCCUUUGAAUGCGUGGGUGAAUGUUUCUGCGGAAGAAGUAGCUGCGUCGAUGCGCGGACGGACCAAGGAUGGGGCCACCGAGGCGACUAAGGGAGACAAACGGGAAUCAUCCUCCUCUACCAGUUUUGCGGGUACUCCAACGUCGCGUGAGUCUAUGCCGACCAGCUCUACCACACCGUCCUCUACUUCGGCCGUCAAGGGUGACAAGACUCGGCGUAUCAGCGGUGGCAGCGAUGUCUCGACCUUCAGCGAUGCGCCGGAAACAAGUGGUAAACCCCGCGAAAGGGUCGUCCCUCCUGUACCUCCACUUCCAAAAGGCUACAUCUCAAUGCGUCAAGGUCUCUCCACUGCGGCACAACCUGCAUUCGUCCCUUUGGCGGGUGAUCCCUCAUCUGCUGCUCCUGCCCCACCAGCACUACCUGUCACUGCCGAGCGCCGACCUAUGGAGAAGAAAUGGUCUUUCUCCUCUGCUCUCAAUCUCAAGCUCCACAGUCGGGAACCUCCUUCUCCCUCUGAAGCGCCGAGUGAAGAACCCGUCGUCAGUCCUCAAAUCUACAGCACCACCCCUGUCGCGCCAGCUGCCACGCUCGUCAAACCUAGUUCAGCUGGUCUUCGACUGACACCAUCGUCUAUUCCAUUUUUCCGCCGUGCCUCUUCAUCCUCAAUACAAAAGGUCACAGAGCCCGUACCAGAAACUCCCAAAUCAGCAUUACCCCCUCCCAACAAUCGCACGAUGUCCAAUACCUCGACAAACUCGACCCGGAAGUCCAUGUUGGGUAUGCACUUGCCUUCGAUGCUACGAGGGAGCGCGUCCAAACGUGGCUUAUCGGCACAGCUUUUGCCUGCUCCUCAGACUGCCGUUCCACCUCAAUCACUGGAACCGGUGGAAGAAAAGACAGAUACGAAGGUCAGUUGGACGGGUCGGAAGAGAGGGAAAACGCUCUCCAUCUCUGCUGAUUCUCCGUCCAUUCCCCAACUGGCUCCGGAGAGACACGCCGUCAAGACGAAACCAUCGGUCGAGGGAUCGUUACGCAGCGCUCGUGGAUCUGUGUCAUCCAACAGAAGCGAAUCCACGGUCAACGGUGCCACGCUCAACCGCAAGAGCGAUCUGCCAUCAAUCAUUGGUUCUCCUUCGAUGAAGCAUGUCUCGUCGACAUCGUCACUCAAACAAUCCUCCGAUGCGAUUAGUCUGGCCACAAGAAUCCCUCGGAUCGCCAGUCGACCAAUCGUCUCGCCUGCUCAGCCCUCUGUCGGAGGAGGGGGAAGCAUGCCUCCUCCUGUUCUACCCAGCACAAUGACACACAGCCGCAGCACGACCCUCCAACCUGUCACGGCAAGAACCAUGACGGCGACGAUGAGCAUGGCUGAGCUGGGCAAAGGUAGAGUCAGCGAAUUCGGGACCUUGGGGAAUACCUCUCAGCCACGACAGUCCACCUCAAUCUCCCAUCGUGCCCAUCUUCUAGCACCUAUGUCAUCUAGACCUGAAGCUCGUCGUCCAGUUGUACGUCCAUCUGAGCCGCCGAGACCUGAAGGUGUGCCACCUUCCAAACGUCACCUCCCCACCCUUCCAUCUUCCGCAACUGCCAUGACAAUCUCAGCAAGUGCCAAGCGAACCUCGAAGGACCUUCGACCCACCGCAAGCCGACGAAGCUCCAAGGACACGUCGAGUGGCGUGGAGGAAGAUCAGGGUACUAUGAAAGCCUCCAAAUCUCUGCACUCAAAACUCGGCGUACCACGCUCGGCCCGAAUCACCUCUUCUUCGUCUGUCGGGGCUCCUGGCUCUGCCACGACCUUCCGGUCUUCUGCUCUGGUGGGAGACUCCUCCUCGCCUAGUCCAUUUGAGGAUGAUGAAGUGCUUGGGGAUGCGGAAAUGAAGGCGUAUGUGAAGCGACGACAAGCUCGUAAAGCCGCGGGAAAGAAGGAGGAUCUUACAGACGUACAAGGCUUUCCCGAGGAUGUCCCACCCGCGGAACCCGUCAGUCAGCGAUCGUACAUCACAAAGAACCUGGCGAGGAUGUCCGAUUUGGAGCGUAAAGAGGUUCUUGACUUUGAUUAUAUUUACUAUUCUCCCCCAUCUCGUAUCUCUCGUCCCUCCUCGGCGAACAGUGUCAUUUACAACAGCGGAUAUGAUGAUGAAAGGGGAGAUUACAUUGUUGUCGAAGGCGAUCAUCUGUGUUAUCGAUACGAAGUCGUCGGGAUCCUGGGGAAAGGUUCCUUUGGUCAAGUAGUCCAAUGUCGAGAUCACAAGACGGGUGUCUCUGUCGCUGUCAAGAUUAUACGGAACAAGAAGAGGUUUCAUCAACAGGCAUUGGUGGAAGUCAAGAUCUUGCAAGAUCUGGUGCAAUGGGAUCCAGAGGACAAGCAUUUUAUGGUCAGGAUGACGGACCAUUUCUACUUCAGAGGACAUUUGUGUAUCGUCACGGAACUUUUGAGUAUCAACCUGUACGAGUUGAUCAAGGCGAAUCAAUUUGCGGGCUUUUCGACAGUCUUGAUCAGACGUUUCACUACGCAGAUGUUGGCGGGUUUGCAAUUGAUGAGAUCGCAUAGAGUGGUUCACUGCGACCUGAAGCCCGAGAACAUUCUCCUGUGUCAUCCGAGCAAAUCGGGGAUCAAGAUUAUCGAUUUUGGCAGUAGUUGUUUGGAAACUGAAAAGGUUUAUACGUAUAUUCAGUCGAGGUUCUACCGAAGUCCGGAAGUCAUAUUGGGUAUGAACUAUGCUAUGGCCAUUGACAUGUGGAGUGUGGGAUGUAUAAUGGCUGAGUUGUACACUGGUGUGCCCCUGUUUCCAGGAGAGAACGAACAUGAGCAGCUGGCCUGUAUCAUGGAAGUGCUCGGGGUACCCGAGCGACAUAUCAUUGAGAAAGCUUCCCGUCGUAAGAUAUUCUUUGAUGCCACUGGAGCACCACGACCCUUCGUCAACGCCAAAGGGAAACGUCGUCGACCGGGGACCAAGACCCUGUUCCAAGUGCUGAAAUGUGACGACGAGUUGUUUGUCGACUUUAUCGCCAAAUGUUUGACCUGGGAUCCUGACAAGCGUCUUAAACCUCAACCGGCCAUGCGACACCCUUACAUUCUCGCUGGCAAACGGCGUGCUCUGCCAAGUUCGAGAGAUGAUAAACGAUUGAGCGAACGUUCUACUCCUUCCACCAGGUUACUCCAUCAGAUGACUUCUCCGGGUAGUAGUAGCAACGGCAAGGAGAAGGAGAAAAAGGCAGGGCAGGGGUUGUUGAUAUCUCCACCUACACCGUUGAUGGCUCGACAUUCGGGACACAAUCCUCAUUUGACAUCAUCUGCUUCCAAAGUGGCCAUGUCGAUGAGUUCUGGGAAAUUGAGUACGCAGGCGUUGAGGAAUAGUACGUACAUGUCUUCGCCCAAAGUCAGUAUCGGAUGAUGCAAGGGAGAAAGCUGGUGGGUGGUUAAUGAGGUGACGAGGGUUAAAAUGUGAGAGAAGAGAGUGUGAAACGAAGAAACGACCUGUUUAUACGAUAUCUGUCACGAAAAUAGCAUCGAGCCAGCAUCACUUUUUCUUUCCUUUUCUAUAC